AUGGACGACGAGGAUCGUGUGGUUUGGCACUCUGGUCGACCUUCAGAGGAUGAAGUCGCAACGACCGCAUCCAGCAGCCACGGACCGCUAGGACCUCUGUGGCCUUCAGUAGCAGAGAAGGCAUCUAUGUUCACCACCGCAGGCUGGACGAAUCCUUGGGAGCGCAUUCAAGCAACAACGAGCCUCGAGCCCAAAUACCGACACCUCGAGGGUCCAACGCUCUCCGACCGAACAAAAUUGUAUGCUGCCACUGACGCUACCCACGAAGACGACUCCACCGCAACUCGUAUCUUGGAGGCCAAAGUCAAUGCUGAGAUGGCGUAUCAGUACACGCUUCUCGCAUACAUCCUCGCAGUGGACGGCAGACAGAAGAACAAGUCGUACGCAGCGAUCUUGCAAGCUCGUGUCGAUAGAUAUAAGUAUCGUCUCACUCGAUACCGAUGGGAGAAGCUCUUUAAGGCGACCAACGAUGUGGAGGGCUCACGCGCAGUGUACAUGGACGAGAUCAAGGAUGAGACGGCCAGUUCGAACAAUCGACGAACUCUGUAUCGGACUGUCGUGCAGUGGUUGGAGAAGCAUGAUGAAGUUUUCCGGAACAUGAAGAAGGGAUGGGCGAAGUGUCGAUAUGUGACAGAGCGCGUCUUCCAGGAGGUCGUGCUGUUCACCGCGGAGUUGUGCGAGGAGAGAAUGGAAUUGGAGAGAGUGUAUCGGGAGAAAGCUGGGAAGCCACCGGCAUUCCAUCAGGGCAACUGGACUGGACCUUUGAGGGAGAGUGAUUGA